UCCGCAGAUGCGUACGUUGAGGCAAUGAGGCAUGGAGCUAGCUAGGGCCGGGUGCCGCAUAUAUAAGAGCAACCCAAGGCAAAGAUGCAUAUAGCUAGGCUCAUCCACUCGCACCAAACCUAUAUAGUACGUAGUGCGUACACGGGUUAAAUUUAGACGUCGAUAUCUCCUGCAUGCAGUAGUCAGUUUGGUGCGAUGGUAUCUUGUUUCACCGUGAUGCCCUUCAAGAUGAGCCCGGGAGGAUGCCGCGACGGCAGCAGCAGCAGCAGCAUGACGGCGGAGGAGUUCAAGGGGUGGCUCCGGCGUUUCGACGCGGACCAGGACGGACGCAUCAGCCGCGACGAGCUGCAGCGCGCGAUGCGGGCGCUGCGGGUGCGGUUCACGGGGCGGAGGAGCAAGCGCGGGAUCGUCUACGCCGACGCGGACGGCGACGGGUGCAUCGACGACGGCGAGAUCGACGGCCUCGUCGAGUUCGCGCGGACCAACCUAGGCCUCCGGAUCGUUGCCUACUAGCAGAACAGAGUACUCUGCUGUGCUGAGUGCUGACCGGCCGGUCGGUCCAGCGCGCACGUGAUGACUAGUCUGUGGACUCAAUCAAUAUAAGGUCAUCUCAGAUGCGGAAUAUGGUUAGUUGUUGCUACGAGUCGACGCUACCCGUUGGGUUCUCGGUCAUUUUUUGUUUCUCCGUGAGUCUGUGACCACCGUCUGUCCAGUAGAACAUGCUCGGUGCUUCCAUGGUCGUUAUAGUACCUAAUUCAUGACAGCACAAUCAAAAGUUGUACUCCAUCUUUAAAGUGACAAAUCCAUCUAAGCCUUCAAAACAUCACAUGGGCUAGUGCUGCACAUAUAUAUGCACGUACUUACUGGGCUGAGUACUUCAUGUGUAACAAGUACUCCUAGACUAGAUCUUCAGUUAACAGAAGGACAAACCUCUACAGCCGAGCACAUCGAUGUUUUCUUUUAGAGGAAGCACAUAUGGGCUAUGCCAGCUGCUAGGGAAGCAAGAAACCAGCAAAGUUGUAAACUCGGGAGCCUGCUAACCCGUUAUUGUGAAUUUGGUCUGCAUAGGACAUAGCGAGUGUUGUUUUA